AUGGCGACAAUGACACAGACAGCCACUGCGGUGGAAGUGCAAGAUCCGCAAAGCAAAGCGGAGAUCGCGACGCGCCUGCUGAACGGCACACUGCACGCCGGCUAUCCUCCGAUCGAGCAAUUUAUGACAAUCGAUGGUUUGCUCAAAUCGCAUGCGGCGCAUCCGGACCAAGCGCGGAAGCCGCUAAUCUGCUAUCCUGUUCGCAGGGCUGAUGAUUUCGAAGAGUAUACAGCCGGAGAACUGGAUCGAUAUACAGAUGUCGCGGUGCAAUAUUAUAUCCAGAAGGGGCUUGGUCCAGCGGACCCGAAUCUGAAAGAAGCGCCUGUCAUCGCGAUGCUGGCUGGCUCGAGCUUUGAAGUCAUACUCACCUUUUUUGCUCUGAAUCGCCUUGGAUACGCGGUUCUCUUCUUAUCCACACGACUCACAGCUCCAGCAUAUGCCCGACUCUUGGAUAUGGCGGAUUGUAAGCAAAUGAUUACUCUGGGCCAAUACGAACAAACCUUCCGAGAAAUCUGCACCGAGCGGCCUGGCUGUACCAACUAUCUGAUGCUUCAGCGUGACAACUGGCUCAACUGCACAUCACAAUCCUUCGAGCGCGCGGGUGUAGAUCCGGUAAAAGAGGGAAAAAAAAUUGCAUGGAUCCUUCACUCAUCUGGGAGCACGGGAUUUCCCAAGCCAAUCUACCUGACGAAUCUCCAAACCAUCGCCAAUUGGCGCAAGAGCUUUGGCCUCCGACUGUUCACGAUCAGCCCACUAUUCCAUUCACACGCCCUGAUGGAACUGGGUCGCGCGUUUUACACCCGAGCUCCAGCAUACCUUGGAAACCACUCUCUCCCAGUCACAUACCAGAAUCUGUACGACGCACUACAAGUGGCGCAACCUCAACAGAUCAGCGCUGUCCCGUACGUGAUUAAGCUCCUAGCGGAAAAGAAGGAGGGUAUCCAAGCCCUUACAAAGCCAAAACUUGUGCUAUAUGGAGGUUCUAGCUGUCCCGAUGAUUUGGGAGAUCGGCUUGUGGCCCAGGGUGUGAAUUUGGUUGGUAAUUAUGGCGCAACAGAGACCGGUCAGAUCAUGACUUCGUUCCGACCUCCUUCCGAUAAUGAGUGGCAAUAUAUGCGACUGCAUCGUCCGGUUGCUGAUCACACAUUGAUGGAUGAGAUCUCGCCUGGCGUUUUUGAAUGUGUUGCCCUUGACGGACUGCCGAGUAAAGGACCAUCAAACUCGAAGCCGCCAUUUUCGUCGAAGAACCCUGAGAAAAGCUUUCGCACAUCCGAUCUUUUUACUCGCCACCCCGAUCCAAAGAAGAGCAAUUACUACAAAUAUCUGAGUCGACUCGAUGACCGCAUCACCCUCGUCAAUGGAGAGAAAGUCCUUCCGAUUCCAAUCGAAGGUCGUGUUAGGGAAGAGGAGUUGGUUGGAGAGUGUGUUGUGUUCGGUUUUCAACGAACAGUCCCUGGAGCACUCAUCUUCCGUGCUCCCGGUAAAGCCACCCAUCUGAGCAACGAGCAGUUCUUGGAAGCUAUAUGGCCGGCGGUUGAGGCAGCCAAUGCUCGAGCAGAGACAUUUUCGCGCAUCCCGAAAGAGCUAGUUGUCAUCAAGGGUGCUGAUGUUGCAUACCCAAGAACCGACAAGGGAACAUGCAUCCGUGCUCAAGUGUACCAAGUCUUCGAAGAAGACAUCAAGAAUGUCUAUGACGGCUUUGAAGGAAACAACCAGAAGAAGGGCGAACUUGCUCUGAGCGUUCCCGAGCUGGAGAAAUGGCUGCUUGAAAGAUUCCACCAAGACUUGGGCGUGCCUCUUUCGAAUGCUGACACUGAUAUCUUCGGCGCUGGCGUGGAUAGCUUGCAGACAACACAGAUCUGGAGAUAUAUUGUGCGUGAUCUGGAUAUUGGAAAACACACGGACAGCCUGAGCCAGAACAUCGUUUUUGAGAAGGGAACUGUCAGCGAGCUCGCGAAGCAUCUAUAUCAUUUGCGGACUGGACAAACAUUUGAACAAGAGGACGAUAUGCAGGUCAUGCAGGAGUUGAUUGAAAAGUACUCCAACUUCACUCAGCAUCAUCCGACUAUCUCACAACAGCCAGACUCAGAGGUCGUGGUCGUUACCGGGGCUACCGGAAACCUGGGUGCCUUUGUAGUUGCUGAGCUCGUUAAACGACCCACUGUCUCCGAGGUUUGGGCUAUUGUUCGAGCCCCGGGACAAGCAGCUGCUGGUGUUCGAGUUUUCAAGGCAUUUGCAGAUCGCAGCAUUGCUCUCACAGACAAGGAAACCGCAAAGAUACACGCCGUUCCAAGCGACCUAUCCCAGCCCAACCUCGGCUUGGAAACAUAUGUCCUGGAACAUCUCCUGUCAUCCGUAACUUCAAUCGUGCACAGUGCCUGGGCCGUCAACUUCAACCUGGGCGUUCGAUCAUUUGAACAACAACAUAUCCGCGGAACGUACAACCUAAUCAACUUCUGUCUGCGAUCUAAACUACCCUCUCCUGCCCGCUUCUUCUUCUGCUCCAGCGUGAGCGCUGCCAGCGCAACCCCCAAACCAGCCUCCAUCCCCGAAUCCGCCGUUGAGAACCUCGAUCACGCCCAGAAAAUCGGAUAUGGAAGAUCCAAACUUGUCACCGAGCACAUCACUCGCAAUGCAAUGCGUAAGACUGGCAUGCACGCUCGAGUCCUACGUGUUGGCCAGCUGGGUGGUGAUACCGUCAGUGCACAAUGGAAUGAGACUGAAGCCAUCGCGCUCAUGUUCCGCAGCGCUUUGACGACUGGUGCGCUUCCGGAAUUGAAUGAGCGGCCGACUUGGCUACCGGUAGACCAAUGUGCACAAGCCGUCUCAGACCUCGCGCUCAAUCCCGAUGCUGCCAAAUCUUCUGAUACGGGUCUGGUUUAUCACCUCGUCAACCCGCACUCGUUUAGCUGGAAGAAUGAUCUGCUUCCUGCUUUGAAGAAGGGAUCUGCGCUCCCUGACUUUGAGAUCGUUUCGCCGCAGGAGUGGUUGACGCGACUGGCGAACAGUGACCCCAACCCAGAAACAAAUCCUAGUAUCAAGCUCAUUGAUUUCUGGCGAGGAAAGUAUGAGAAUCAUGUACCAGCGCAGAACAUUGAGGGUGAAGAACAGAAGCCGGUUGGGUUGUUUUUUGAGACUGAUUGUACGAUUCGGGAUUGUCCUUCGCUGGGCCAGGUGAAGGAUCCUGUUGCGGAGGGGUUGAUUCAGAGGUAUAUUGAGGUGUGGAUGAAGCAUUGGACUCAUGCAUAA